GUGAGCACUGAGCACCCUGCAGUCUUCGUAGCAGCCCCUGUUUGUUUAAGUGUGUCGUAGCCAAAAACCCAAAAGCCAGACACCGAAUAAAACCCUAAAAGAACUCCAUUUUCACUGUAAAAAUGAGCAUUAAAGCCAUGGAUUUUUCUCUCAGAAUCAACCCAUCCAUUUGCUUUACUCAAAACCCACCAAAACCUUCCUCCAAGCUUAGGUUUCUCACUGUUAGAUGCUCUCUCCCUCUCACCUCUGACGAUGCCGCCACUGGGUUGGCGGAGAGGCCAUGGAAGGUUGCGGAUGCUAGGCUGGUUCUUGAAGAUGGUUCUAUUUGGAAGGCUAAAUCUUUUGGUGCCUCUGGAACCCAAGUUGGUGAAGUGGUUUUCAACACUUCUUUAACAGGGUAUCAGGAAAUUCUAACAGAUCCUAGUUAUGCUGGUCAGUUUGUCCUGAUGACCAAUCCACAUAUUGGCAAUACCGGAGUAAAUUUUGAUGAUGAAGAAUCGAGGCAGUGCUUUCUUGCCGGUCUGGUGAUCAGAAGUCUAAGUAUAACUACUUCGAAUUGGAGAUGUGCGGAAACCCUUGGUGAUUAUUUAGCAGAAAGAAAUAUAAUGGGAAUUUACGAUGUUGACACGCGCGCAAUAACCCGCAGAUUGAGGCAAGAUGGAAGUCUUAUUGGGGUUUUGAGCACUGAACAAUCUAGAAGUGAUGAGGAACUUUUGGAAAUGUCACGUUCCUGGGACAUUGUGGGAAUUGAUUUAAUAAGUGGCAUUACUUGUAAUGCCCCUUAUGAGUGGGUUGAUAAAACAAAAUCAGAUUGGGACUUCAACUCCAAUGGAAGAGAUCAGGAAACUUACAGAGUCGUUGCCUAUGAUUUUGGGAUCAAGCAUAAUAUACUUCGGCGCUUAGCAUCUUAUGGCUGUAAAAUCACUGUUGUCCCGUCCACUUGGCCAGCUGCUGAAACCCUUAAAGUGAAGCCAGAUGGAGUUCUUUUCAGCAACGGUCCUGGAGAUCCAUCUGCAGUUCCUUAUGCUGUAGAAACAGUAAAGGAAAUACUGGGAAAAGUUCCUGUUUUUGGAAUUUGCAUGGGCCAUCAGUUACUUGGGCAGGCUUUGGGUGGUAAAACCUUUAAGAUGAAGUUUGGUCACCAUGGAGGAAAUCAUCCCGUUUGCAACCUUCGCAAUGGUCGUGUUGAGAUUAGUGCUCAGAACCACAACUAUGCAGUUGAUCCAGCAUCACUCCCGGAGGGAGUAGAAGUGACUCAUGUUAAUCUUAAUGAUGGAAGCUGUGCUGGUUUAGCUUAUCCUGCUUUAAAUGUUAUGUCUCUUCAAUACCAUCCCGAAGCAUCCCCAGGGCCUCAUGAUUCAGAUUGUGCUUUUAGAGAAUUCAUAGAGCUUAUGAAAUCAACAAAACAAGCUGCUUGAAGGAAUCUGUAGUGUCCCAUUGUUAGAAGGAUGGCAACAUCUUAGAAUGGGCUUCUUCUGAGAUAUUGUUUGGUCGGUAUUUGCUUUGUUUUAAAAAUGUCAAAAUUUAUUACUUUUUUAACUUGUUAAAAAUUUAUUUAAAAAUAUGUGACACACUAGAUAUAAGUGUGGAUCCAAAUGAAUCAAUAAAUGCAUGACAAUCUUUCAAUA